AUGACCGACAAUGGGCGAGACCAGCGGCGCGACGUCAGUCGCAGCCAGUUCCGCGACCAGACCUUCAUCGCCCAGGGCAACAUCCACGGCAGCGUCUACUACCACCCGCCCCACCAGCCCGCCCCUGCUGCCGUCGUCCGCGUCAUUCCCUAUCCCCGUAACGAGGACAUGGUGGCACUAGACUACGCGUAUCGACGAUGCGACAACGACAAGGAUUGCUGCGUCUUCUGGGUACACGCCGACAGCGAAGCGACGUUCACGUCCGAUUAUAAGGCGAUCGGGAAGAAGCUCGGGGUCGACGACCGGCUUGACGGGUCGGAUCUGCUUGAUGCGGUCUGUAGCAAGAUGGGAGAACGGUCGGCAUGGGUGAUGAUCCUCGAUAACGCUGAUAAUCUCGGGUUGUUUGGCGUCGGUCCAGCUCAACAAGGGACGAACGAGAGCUUGCGCCACUAUAUCCCCCACGCAUCGCAGGGAACGCUGCUAUGGACAAGUCGAGACGAACAUAUUACCGGCACGCUUAUAGGAUCGCGUCGAGGGAUCGAGGUACUGUCUAUGGUCACCGAGGAGGCAACGACGCUUCUUGCAAGGGUGAGGGAUAACGAGUCGACUUUUAGUGAGGCCGGAGUCGAUGCUCUACUGGAAGAGCUGCAACGUCUCCCGCUGGCGAUCUCGCAAGCUGGCGCCUACAUACGGCGCAUGUCGAUAUCGGUCGAGGACUAUCUAUAUCUCUUGAAGCAAGGCAAAACUCGCUGGGAAGUCUUGAAGAUGAGCGAUACUGACCGACAUCGACGGCCGGAGGUGUCGAACAGCGUGCUUGAGACGUGGAGGAUCUCGAUCGAGAGGAUUCGAGCAGAGAGCGAGAUGUCAUACCGGAUCCUGCAUGUGAUUGCGUAUGUGGACAGCCAGGACAUACCGUAUGACCUGAUGGCGACGGCUAGUCGACAUAGCAUGGUCGACGAGGACUAUAAGAGGGCGUUGAGGCUCCGACAGCAGGUGGUUGGGGAGAAGCACCCCGAUACGAUCAGGAGCAUGGCGGAACUCGCGGCGACGUACCAUGCGCAGGGUCGAUACGACGAGGCUGAAGGUAUUUGUUGGGAAGUGCUAGAUCUCCGACGGGAGGUAGUUGGGGAGAAGCACCCCGAUACGAUUAGGAGCAUGGCGGACCUCGCGACGACGUACCAUAGCCAGGGCCGUUACGACGCGGCUGAAGGUAUUUGUCGGGAAGUGCUAGAUCUCCGACGGGAGGUAAUUGGGGAGAAGCACCCCGAUACGAUCAAGAGCAUGGCGGAACUCGCGGCGACGUACCAUGCGCAGGGUCGAUACGACGAGGCUGAAGACAUUUAUCGGGAAGUGCUAAGGCUCCGACGGGAGGUGGUUGGGGAGAAGCACCCCGAUACGAUUAGGAGCAUGGCGGACCUCGCGACGACGUACCAUAACCAGGGCCGUUACGACGCGGCUGAGACGCUGAAGAAGCGAGCACUAGAUCUCCGACGGGAGGUGGUUGGGGAGAAGCACCCCGAUACGAUCAGCAGCAUGGCGUCCCUCGCGGCGACGACGUACCAUGCGCAGGGUCGAUACGACGAGGCUGAAGACAUUUAUCGGGAAGUGCUAAGGCUCCGACGGGAGGUG